AGAGCAGAGAGUCGUCCUGCUUCUAUUAUUAAUAAAAUCUGACACACCUGAGCCCAGGAAGGCCAGCUGGAAUUGAAACCCUCCAGUAAGACAGUGAAGUCUUUAACUGCUCCAGAAGAAGCGGGUCUUGAAAGAAAAUGUCUCUGGCAAAAAAGUACCAGGCACAUGAUACUGCAGAGACUCAAAGUCAGAAGUAAAUCAGCUGGACAGUUGCCUCCUGCCUUCCUAAACAGGCAAACACAUUAGAAACAGAAAAAGGGGCCUACCUACCUCAUUCCUGGAGAAGGUGGGUUUGCUGGUGUGGAUGCCUGCCUCAUUUGCUUCACCAAAAUGAGUUAGGGCAUGCAGGAGAGAAGGGAGACUUCUGCAAGCAGAACCUAUCAUGAUUUCUCAGGGGACAAACCUUUGCUUAUUCAUACCUUCUACUGUGGCAAAAAUGGAUUAUUUUCCUCACCAAAAACCAGCAGCAUAACACCCAUCCAACACCUGCCUCAAGGAAUUCUUAUUUAAAGUCUAUUAUGGAGACCUUCUAGCCAGCCAGUGAAUCCAGCUACUGCUGCAUGUCUGGCAGCACCUCUGAAUGAUCACAUGACUCUUGAUAUGGAUGCAGUCCUGUCAGACUUUGUUCGGUCCACAGGGGCAGAACCAGGUCUGGCAAGAGACUUACUAGAAGGCAAGAACUGGGACCUGACAGCAGCUUUGAAUGACUAUGAGCAGCUGCGGCAGGUGCACACGGCCAACCUGCCCCAGGUGUUCAACGAGGGCAGGUUUUACAAGCAGCAGGAGCCAGAGCAGCCUCUCCAGGUGACCAAGGCUGAGAGGCCCUGCCUGCAGAGGCAGGAUGACAUUGCCCAAGAAAAGCGUCUUUCCAGGGGGAUUUCCCAUGCCAGCUCAGCCAUAGUGUCCCUUGCUCGCUCACAUGUAGCAAAUGACUGCAGCAACGAGCAGUUCCCCUUGGAGAUGCCCAUCUACACAUUCCAGCUGCCAGACCUGAGCGUGUACAGCGAGGACUUCAGGAGCUUCAUCGAGCGGGACUUGAUCGAGCAGGCCACCAUGGUGGCAUUGGAGCAAGCAGGACGCCUCAAUUGGUGGUCCACAGUGUGCACGAGCUGCAAGCGCCUGCUGCCCCUGGCCACAACGGGUGAUGGAAACUGCCUCCUGCACGCUGCCUCUCUAGGGAUGUGGGGAUUUCACGACCGGGACCUUGUGUUACGGAAAGCCCUCUAUACUAUGAUGAGAAGUGGAGCUGAAAGGGAAGCCCUGAAGAGGAGAUGGAGAUGGCAACAGACUCAGCAGAAUAAGGAGUCAGGUUUGGUAUACACGGAAGAGGAGUGGGAGCGUGAGUGGAACGAGCUGCUCAAGCUGGCGUCGAGCGAGCCGCGCACACACUUCAGCAAGAACGGGGGCACUGGCGGCGGAGUGGACAAUGCAGAAGAUCCAGUAUAUGAGAGCUUGGAAGAAUUCCAUGUUUUUGUCUUAGCCCAUAUCUUGAGAAGACCAAUUGUUGUAGUAGCAGACACGAUGUUACGAGACUCAGGGGGAGAAGCAUUUGCACCAAUACCGUUUGGAGGAAUUUAUUUGCCACUUGAAGUUCUGCCAAACAGAUGCCAUUGCUCACCUCUUGUGCUGGCCUAUGAUCAGGCCCAUUUCUCUGCUCUUGUCUCCAUGGAACAAAAAGACCAACAGAGAGAACAAGCGGUGAUCCCCCUGACUGACUCUGAACACAAGUUACUGCCUUUGCACUUUGCGGUCGAUCCUGGGAAAGACUGGGAGUGGGGAAAAGAUGACAAUGAUAACACCAGACUGGCCAAUUUGAUUCUGUCUCUUGAGGCAAAGCUUAAUCUUCUGCACAGCUACAUGAAUGUAACCUGGAUCCGCAUCCCAUCUGAGACACGGCAGGCCCCUUUGGCUCAACCAGAAUCCCCUACAGCUUCUGCUGGAGAAGACGUGCAGUCUUUGGCUGACUCAAUGGACUCAGACCGAGAUUCCAUCUGUAGUAAUUCAAAUGGCAAUAAUGGCAAAAACGGUAAAGAAAAAGAAAAGGAGAAACAAAGGAAAGAUAAAGACAAAACCAGGACAGAUUCAGUUGCCAAUAAAAUAGGAAGCCUCAGUAAAACCCUGGGAAUUAAACUGAAAAAGAACAUGGGUGGUCUUGGAGGUCUGGUGCACGGGAAGAUGAGCAGAGCCAAUUCAGGGAAUGGAAAAAAUGGUGAGACGGUAGAGAAAGUCAAAGAGAAGAAGUCCAAGUCUCGCAAAGGGAGCAAAGAGGAAUCUGGACAGUCUGCGAGCACGUCUCCGUCUGAAAAGACCACUCCAUCUCCGACUGACAGAGCCAGCAGCUCCCCCACUGAAAAGGUGAACACUAAACCCUUCUCUGACAAGCAGUCUGACCCAUGGAAGUACAGCACAGACGUGAAACUCAGCCUAAAUAUUUUGAGAGCUGCCAUGCAGGGUGAACGAAAGUUUAUUUUUGCUGGUCUUCUUUUGACCAGUCACAGGCAUCAGUUCCACGAGGAGAUGAUCGGCUAUUACCUGACCAGUGCCCAGGAGCGCUUCAAUGCAGAACAGGAGCAGAAAAGAAGGGAAGCUGAGAAAAAGGCUGUGCUGAACGGCUCCUCUAGUAGGAAACUGGAGCCAGAAGCAUUUUCAAAAGAAAAAUUAGAACCGUCUCCUCAGGAUAGGGCAUCACCUGUCUUGCCUCAAAGCCAUACAACUCAACUGGUUUUAAAAUUUAAAGACCGCACUAGUCCCACUCCCGGGUCCUUUUCUUCGCCCAGCAACGGCGCCAAGAAAAGCGGCCCCAUCCCAGUGUCCGCCCACUAUAGCCAUACCCCCCCCAUUCAGAGGCAAAGCGUCAUCCAUUUGCACGAUGUCAACUCCAAGCCGUCGAGCUUCCAGGACGAUACCUACAAGCCGGUGGUCGGCACGCUGAAGAGCUGCGCCACGUACCCGCAGCAGAACCGGUCGCUGUCGUCGCAGAGCUACAGCCCCGCGCGCCUGCCCGCGCUGCGCACCGUCAACACGGUGGAGUCGCUGAGCUGCGCGCGGCCGGCCGAACACAAGUCCCACACCUACAGCAACGGCUUCGGCGGCGGCGACGGCAGAGACUGCCUGGAGUACGCCGACGAGGACGCUCCGCAGAGCUGGCUCCGCGGCGACAAAAGCCAAGGCAGAAGCACAGUUUGCCCAGCGUAUUCCAUCCAGCAGAGCCGCUGUAAGAAGGAGAACUGUUCCUUUUAUGGUCGUCCCGAGACUGAAAAUUACUGUUCCUACUGCUACAAAGAGGAGUUGAAGCGCAGGGAGAGGGACAGCAAGGGACACAGGCAUUGAGGAUUCUUCCAUGACUACUUAGUUUUACCGUUUUCUUACUUACAAAGUAAACAGUGUUGGAUUGCAGUAAAAGGAAUCCUUAAAAAAAAAAAAAAGAAUAAAGGAUUGAUGAGUAAAUAGUGUCUAGCUCUUCGCUUUUCCGGGGCAAUGAGGAAAUAAUAAUUUAUCAUAAAAAAAAUAUUAUUUUCCAUUUUGUCAGCGUCUUUUUUACAUGUACUGGUAAGCUGAAGGGUUGUUUACUCCUUUGUCACUGCUGUGUAUAUGUUUGGUCAAAAAUUUACUAAUGGUGCCUGAAUUUACACUGACAUCACUCAGGUAGUAGAAUGAUAGGGGAAAGUCAUACUAGUGAAGAUGUGGUGUUGUAGUAGGGUAGUAUCUGCCUUGCAGACAUUUGAAAUGAUGUAACUAUUAUUGAGAGUAUUUUCUCCUCAGUAAAACCUAAAUUUUUCAUAGCCUUUUUUUUCAGGAGGGUAGUGAUUUUGCAUACUGCACGUUUUUAACAUGGCAGCAUAUUGCAUUGCUACUAACGUUGUAUAUUUCAGUCUGAAAUGGAAUGAUUCUGGAAAAAUGGGAGUGAAAGGUCUGAAUUCAUGAGGGCUGUAGCUCGUCCUGAUUUUAAGUUCUUACCAAUUAUUUCUAAAUUUUCUUUAAAAAAACAAACAGAUUCGAGCCCCUUUUAUUUGUCCUGAGUCUUUAAACAGGUUUUAUAAGAAAAUUCAAUAUGACUUCAUUUUGCCAAGCCCCCCCACAGUAUA